CAGGGUCCUAGAAACCUUGCUUCCAAAUUCCUUAGAGACUUAUGCUAUCCCUAACUACCUCCCCACUUGAAAGGACACAAUGAGCGACUCCUUACAACCCCAAUGCAGCUCUUCCUGCCCACAGGUCCUGACCCCACUUUAAUAAAACCAUCCUUUUAGCACUGAAGACACCUGAAGAAUUCUUUCUUGACUGUUCACUCCCAAACCUCAACAUUUCACAUCAGUGACAAUGAGAUCUCUGUGGCUGCUCAGAACCCCCUUCAUAUGUGGCCUGCUCUGGGCUUUUUGUGCUCUGGGUACCAGGGCUGAGGAGCCAGGGGCAAACUUCUCCCAUCCCAACAGCAUGGGCCUGGAUAAGAACACAGUGCAUGACCAAGAGCAUAUCAUGGAGUAUCUAGAAGGUUUCAUCAACAAACCAGAGGUAGAGAUGUUCCCACAGGCACUGCAGCUCCAUUAUGUCAAACUGCAUGAUUAUGACAGCAAUAUUUUGCUUGACAGCCUAGAACUUUCCACAGUCAUUGAGGGCAUCCAUAAGGAGGAAAAGGAACAGGCACCACCAAUGAAUGAAGCUGAACUGAUUAACUUAAUAGAUGGUGUUUUGAGAGAGGAUGACAAGAACAAUGAUGAAUGUACUGACUGUGCUGAAUUUGCCAAAUCACUGAAAUAG